GAGCCGCCCUAGGUGAGUGAAGCCACUAUUUUUGGGCCGCGUCUCCAAUCUACGGGAUAUCUCCACCAUCGGCCCCUAGGGUUCCCCGAAGUGAAGGUCGCCGUGUAGGGUAAACUCAAGGCUUCCCUUUGGGCUCCCCAUUUGUCUUCGGAUAGCUUUGGUUCCUGUGCUGGGAGUGAGGAAGCCUUGGCCUCCCGUUUACAGCCGGAGCCUAGACCUAGAUGGCGGCUAGCAGGGGGGAGGGUGGGGGGGGCGCGCCCUCCGUCAUCCUUCCUCUCCCGUCGCCUGUCUUUGCCCCCGCCAUCGGCAUACUUGUGUGCGCUGGAGUCUCAGCCGGCACCACGUAGGUCGCUGGGUCCGUGCCGGUUGGAGGAAGGCAAGACUUCAUUCCUGGACCUCGUGUGUGUUGCGGAGGAAAAUUAGGGAGGGCAGGAAAAGACGGCCAGGUUACUGUAACUUCCCUACGUUGUGGUAAUCAUUCAAGAUGGUGAGGUAUUCUCUUGAUCCAGAGAAUCCUACAAAAUCAUGCAAGUCAAGGGGCUCAAAUCUCCGGGUCCACUUCAAGAACACCCGUGAAACAGCCCAAGCUAUCAAGGGCAUGCAUAUCCGAAAAGCUACCAAAUAUUUGAAAGAUGUCACAUUGAAGAAACAGUGUGUUCCUUUCCGUCGGUACAAUGGUGGAGUUGGCAGGUGUGCCCAGGCUAAGCAGUGGGGUUGGACACAAGGUCGUUGGCCCAAAAAGAGUGCUGAAUUCUUGCUGCAUAUGCUAAAAAAUGCAGAGAGUAAUGCAGAACUUAAGGGUUUGGAUGUGGAUUCUCUUGUCAUUGAGCAUAUCCAGGUUAACAAAGCUCCCAAAAUGCGAAGACGGACUUACAGAGCUCAUGGGCGAAUCAACCCAUACAUGAGUUCCCCUUGCCAUAUUGAGAUGAUACUUACUGAAAAGGAGCAGAUUGUUCCUAAACCAGAAGAAGAGGUUGCUCAAAAGAAAAAGAUAUCCCAAAAGAAACUGAAGAAACAAAAACUUAUGGCACGGGAGUAAAUGUGAUAUUAUCAAGCAAAUAAAAGCAAAAUGAAAACAUUUGUUACAGUAAAUAUUUUUAAAUUC